AUGCGGUUUUUGGGGACAGAUGCAGCUUCUUUUUCGGCCCAAAAGAACAGGAUUUCACAUGUGGGUAGUAUGAAUGGCAAAAUUGGGGACAGCGAUGAGAUCUUUCCCGAUCGGUCGAAACCUGUCACAUUGCAGAUAAAAUCCUCAGGAUACCCAGAACGGGCCGAUGAGUCAGCGGCGAAAAGAUUUUCGUUUCAACUUCCCGAGUGGCGACGUGGCUCAUCAUCGGCUCUCGGUGGCUUGUCGCCGCAUCUCCAUAGGAGUGUGUCAAUCACGGAGUGCCCAGAGUCACCGCGAAGCGGCUCAUCCUCGCCCAGAUUCCCCCGAAGUGUGACGAGGGAGUUCUCCGAGGCGCGUAGUGGCUCCUUCUCGCCGAGAAUACGUGCAUCGGAUGUGGUGACAUCAUUCUCCCCUGCUGCUCUUGAUAAGCUCUGUGAAGUCGUAGAUGGAGCGAAGGUCACCUUCCUUGGCACCCCCGUGUUCAGUCACGGAGAUCGAGUGAUAGUGAGCUUUCCUGGCGCACACGGCAGAGCUUGGAAUCGAUUAAUGCAGGGCGCUGGUGGCUGGAAAACCAGUUGUGUCUUUUUACCUGACAAGAGUACACCAGGCUAUGGAGCCCAUGCCACAAGUUAUUUCAACCGCAAAGUGGAGAAUAGCUGCUUCUGUGAUAUGCUCUACGGGGAAACUGUGGACUGGGGUUGCCGCUGGUUCCAAAUGUGGAUGGAGAACACCCGUCGAGCAAAGGAGAUGAAUUGUGAGCUUGUGGUUGUAACAAAACCAGACGGCAGUCUUGGUCGCUCACAAAGUGGAGAAGUGGAGUUUCUGCGUAAGUCUGGCUACAAAUACCACGAGAGGAGUGUGCGGCAAUUCGCAGAGGAUGUGCUGUCCAUUUUCUUGACAGAUCUGCAUGCGGAAGGCGAAGGCAAAUCUGUGAGGAUUCGUACAUCGUCGAGAUGUCGUUUGCCAUCCGUACCUCGUUACAUGUCCACAGACGACAGCGAUGAGUCAUUCUCGCUUGAAGUCUUGACGGGUUUGGAGGUCAUCCAUGAAGUUGACUUGAUGAAGGUGCUGCCCAUCGGUCGCAGAGUGUCAGGGGCAUCUCCUUUGCGGCACAAGGCUUUCAUGGAUCACCUGCACAUGCACUUCACCCCAGGCUUCAACCGGAUCACCUCUGUGUUGAUCAGACAUUUCCAUAGCGCCUUUCAAUCAGACUACAGCCAGCAAUGCUUUGUGGCAUCUUCAUGGUCUCCAGUGGGCUACUACAUCUACUACUGGACGUGGUCCUUCAUCCUUGGCUUCCUCUACCUGGCCAUCUUGUGGCUGUGCCCCUGCAGCCCUGCGAAAGUUUUCUUUUUCAAAAUCUACGGCUUGGGUUUUUUCUAUGCCAUGCUGAUGUUGGCUGUCAGUUGCCUGUUUCAAACGCUUGUUCUUUGGCUUCCCGACCUUCUGGAGAAACUGCACGGCUUGGAUUGCUCAGAGGACCGCCUGGCGCGAUUUAAGGCCUUUGCCGCUGCACUCCGCAACCGUUAUUUUCAACUGGGCAUAGCCACCAAGAGCCAGUUUGCAAGGGCCACCCGUGCCGACAUCCCAGAAGAUGAAGGGAAGCAUCUCAGUCAUCCCGAACUGCGUCCACCGAAAGAGGUGGCACAAGUCCCGUUGAAUCUGCGGUUGGUCAAGUCCUUCGUUGAGCGCUUUUCGGUGACGCAGAAACAGUGUGAUCUCCUGUCCGUUGAUGACACGCUGUUCCAGCUGGCUUCGGAGAAGGCUGCCCAGCCCACCUUGAUCCAAACCAGUGGCAAAGGCCCUGGUGAUUGGUCCCAACUUGAGCCCAUCAUCUCCAAACUCCUGGACGCCCAUGGAGAGGAGGUGGUCCGUGUGAACAACGGCCGCUUUGGUGCGGGGAAGGUACACAGACAACUGCAGCUGCAGCGCUAUCUGCAGCAAAGCAGCUCAGAUUUCCACGUCUUCACAGUCAACAGGCCUCGCCAAAGUGCAGGCGCAAAUGCAUCAGUGAUUGAUGAGGUGCGGCGUUUGGCCGGCGCCUUCCCACUGGCCGCGGUGGCAGCAAUCGCGGCGCGCUGGAUCUUCUCCUUGGGAGUGCAGGCCUCGCAUGUGGACCGACACUCUCAUGAGGAGUCAUGGUUGCUGCUUUUGCAGGGCAGGAAGGCCUGGUGGGUUGGAGCCGAACCAGGCAGCAGUCCUGACUUUGCGGCUUGGGAGGACCCAUGUGGAGCUUUGGGUCGAGAAGCUCCGGCGGGGGUGCAGCUUUGCGUGCAAAAUCCUGGGGAGGUUGUAUAUCUACCAACCCACUUGGAGCACUCUACUUGCAACCUUGAUCCACUGGUUCUUGGCGUUGGCGCGCAAGGGAGACGAUCAGACUGGCCUCUGAUAGCCCAAGCUGCUCAAGACGGAGAUCUUUCAGCCGUCAGGGAGUUGCUCGAGCAGUCGGCAGAUCUCCAAACCUCCACUCAGCGUGGACAAAGUGCCUUGCAUGUGGCGGCAGCCUUUGGGCAUGUGCCGGUGAUUCGAGAGCUGUUAGUGAAGGGAGCACCUAGUCAGGCUGAUCAUGCAGGCCAGACGGCGCUGCACCAUGCGGCCGAAGCUGGGCACACGGCGGCAGCCAGGUUGUUGCUCAACUCCAAGGCCCUGCUGCAUGCGAGGGAUACCGCUGGCAGACAGCCCCUACAUUUGGCAUCCAUGGCUGGACACCAUGCCAUGGUCAAAGAGCUCCUGCGGCGCCGGGCCGACGUCUCGGCCACCUCACGGCGUCAGGAGCAAGCGCUACAUCUCUCCACCAACAACUGCAGGUUGACGUCUUUGCUACUGGCUUUUGGGGCAGAUGUGGCUGCUGUGGAUGAAGAAGGUGUACAGGCCAUCCACUGGGCAGCGGCUGGGGGAUCACAGUGUGCGAUCAAUGCCCUUCUGUCAGCGAAGGAUGCAGUCAGAUAUCACGUGGUCAUCCUUUUGUCGUCCAUUGACACGUUCCGACGUACUCGGGACCCGUUGAUGGCCGAGCUGCGAUGGAUGGAGACGGCCUUGAGCCUACCUUUUGCUGAGCAGCCGGUCGCGCCGGUCGCGCCGGUCGCGCCGGUGGCUGUCCCUUCCGACGAAACCGCCUGGCGGUUGACGCCGCCGGUUCCUGGAGCCGAUGAGACCUUCUGGCCCGAGUGGAAGAGGGAACAGGUCGAGGUUGUGGAGGCCAACCGCAAGGUUGACGAGGCCGAGGCCUGGGCCAAGGCCUUGCGCGGCGGCGACGACGAGAUGCGCUGCAGCGAUCCCCUGGUCUUUGGGAAGCCGCGCCCGCGACGGAAGUUGGGCGAUGGCCGCAAUGGCCGCGAUGGCGUCGGUGCCCGAGGAGUCUUGGAGCCCGGUGCUAACGGUGCCAACGGUGCCAACGGUGCCAUCUUCAAGUCAGAAGUGGACUCCUGGCAAAAUGGUUUGCGCGGAGGAGAGGAAGAUCCCUUGGUGUUUUCCAAUCCCAGCUAUCGGAAAGCGUCGAAGGGUGAGAAGCGAAGCCCCAGCGUCCCCAAAAGGCCGCAGCCGCCAGCGGCAGCUGCGCAACCCGUGCCCGCCGCGCAAGCGGCAGCUGCGAGACCGCCCAAAAUGGCACCGGAAACGCCGCCGAAGCUGAAGAAAGGGCCAGAGAUAAGGCCUGCGGUGGUGCGGCGCUGUGCCUCUCAGCCGCCUGCGGGAGCCCCGGCCGUGGCCGCGUGUCGGUCGCCCCCGUUGUUGCCGGGGCGACAGCGGGGUGGCAGCGGGCAGAGCGAUCUAGGAAAACAGUGCUUGCCAGACAUCACUCUACAGCCAUCUCGCGCAGCAGACAUCACUCUACAGCCAUCUCGCGCAGCAAGAUCCUCCUCACGCCAUCGUGAUCCACCAGAGGAAGUCCCCUCUCAGCCCAGGGCUGUUCCAGCGCCCAGUCCAGUGCGGGCGCAGUCAGUGGGUGCAGCACCCAGAGACAAGGAGGGAGGGCGGCAGAUGUUCGACAAGAACGAGCUACGCUCCAUGCAUUCCGAGAUGUUUCAAGCGGCAAUUCUGAAGAUGCGUAAUGAGCUGUUUCUGUCAGCUGAGCAGAAGGAGGAGGAGCCGGAAGGCACUCGAGGUGCCCUGCAGGUCUUCUUGCGCAAGCGGCCGCUGUCGGAGAAAGAACAGCAAGUCCGUGCGGAGUACGAUGCCCUGACCGUGAUCCCCAGGAAACCCUACUGCAAUGAGGUGGUGCUACACAACUGCCAAUUCCAGGCAGACCUGAAGACUGCCUUCAUCACCCACAUCCACUAUGGCUUUGAUUGUGUAUUUCCAGAAGAUGUCUCCAACGAGGUUGUUUAUGCACAAACCGCCCAGCCACUGGUGCAGAUUGCGAUGAACGGAGGAAUGGCCACCAUGUUCAUGUUUGGUCAAACAGGCAGUGGCAAGACCUUUACCAUGACCGCCAUCGAGGACUUUGCAGCACACGACUUAUUUGCCAACCGAACAGAGACUGAAGGCGGAGAGGAUUUCCUGUCGCUGCAGUUCUACGAGCUCCGGGGAAAUCGAUGCUUUGAUCUCUUAGUGCCCGCCGCUGCGGCCAGGGACACACGGACGGCGGCCAGCCGCAGAGGUGAGCCAGCGCCGGAGCUGCGGCUGCGUGAGAACAAGGAUGGCACCUACCUGGCAGAUGGCGCCCUGGUGAUGUUUCCCAGCACUUCGGAGGACUUGAGCACCUGGAUGCGCCGGGCCCACGCCUGUCGUGCCACCUCGGCCACUGAGGCGAAUGAUGUGAGCUCCCGAAGCCAUGCAGUGUGUAUGCUGCGCCUGCAGUCUGGAGGUCAGCUGCUAUUGAUCGACUGCGCCGGAACGGAGAGGCGGAAGGAUGCCAUGUACCAUUCCAAGGAACGACAGCAGGAGGGAGCUGAAAUCAACGCUUCCCUGCACGCGCUGAAGGAGUGCAUCCGACACUUCACCACGCAGAACUCGGUUCCUUCGCAUGUGCUCAGAGCCUCCUCAUUGACCAAGAUCUUAGCCGAAUCCUUUCUCCGCCCCAGGGACGCCCGCCUCGCAGUGGUUUGCACGGCCUCGCCCUGUGUGUCAGACACGGAGCAUACCUUGUCCACGCUACGCACUGGUGUGUCGCUUUGCAGCUGCGGCUACGAGCGGGAGAGGAAACAGGUCAUCGAAGCGCCGCGCCGGCUGCGGCUGCCGCACCCUAAAUCCUGGAGCCCUGAGGCGGUGAGGUUGUGGUUGGAGGAGCUGGCCGAUGGUGCCUUCCGAGAUGUUUUAGAGGAGAUUCCUUCAAACUUUACUGGGCAGAUGUUGGUGCGCUGCACGGAAGCUCGCUGUGUGCAGCUCUGCGGUGGCCAAGCGCAACGAGGUCAAGCCAUUCACUGGGCAGCUGCCAAUGGGCGCAUGGACAUGCUGUCUCAUCUCUUGACCUUGGGCGCCUCUGCGUGGGCUGAGGACUCCUCAGGGCUUCUGCCCAUGCAUUGGGCAGCUGGGAAUGGGCAAUCCCAUGCAGCACAGCAGCUUCGUUGGGUAGCCUCAGUUGUUGAGAAUUGA